AAAAGACAAAAGUAGUGGAGAGAAUUGGAGGAGAGAGAAUACAUGUUGGACCCACUAAGUGAGAGAAAUUAAUUAAAUAUUAUAAGAACUUUCCAAAAAAGGAAAUAGAGUAAGUAUUUAAAAACGGUCGUAAAUGAAAAGUGGAGCAAAUAUUUAAAAACGGAGGGAUUACAUAUUUCUUAUUGGAAAGAAUCAUUUUCCUUACCUUUGUACAUGUAUUUACUUUAUCUAGAAAAUCCAAUGAAGUACUUGCAAAACCAAAAAUAGAUCUUUUCACAUUAAAAGAUUUUAUAAACAUAAAAAUUAAAAAAGGACCACACACUGAUAUUUUCUAGAGCAAGCAUGGUAUUUUCUUGUCUUCAGUACUCAAACACUUCAAAAAAAAAAAUAUGUUCAUCAACAACAACAAAUAAAGAACAAUUUUUUCCCUCCUAAACCCAUAUUCUUUAACGUACGAUUAUUAUUUAAAAUCAUUUUAACAAAUAAAAACAUACCAUAAUAAAGAUUCCUAAGAUCCAAAAUAUAAUAUUCUAAAGUAGUCUAACAUUCCAACCUACCCUUAAUUAAUUACACAAACUUUACCUUGAGGAAAAGAAGAUACCUAAACCUUCCCUGCCAAUUAAGAGCAGGAACCUCUCAUACCUCAACCUUCUUCCUCCUUCCCAAAACAUUACUAACAUCAUCACACAACCAUCCCUACAUAACUAAAUCGCGACGUCGCCUAACAUCUCUUCUUUUCUUAUAAACGUUGGCUUAAUGCCGAACGUUACCAAAUUUCCCACCAUUCAUUUCUCAACCGCCAUUCUUUGUCAUCAAUGCCUUAUCACGGCCACGGCCACAUCCACCACCACAACCAACGCCGCACCCACCCGUUGAUAUGGUGUGCAGCCAUAAUCUGCACCUUUUGCACGGUCAUUGUUAUUAUUUUGGGCAUUGUUGUGUUCGUAGGGUACCUUGCCCUACAUCCAAGUAUACCCUUUGUUAAAGUUACGUAUGCACACCUAGAUAAAUUCGAGUAUAGUCAAGCCGGUGUCCUUAACACCGAGAUGAACAUAGUUUUUCAGGCCGAAAAUGAUAAUACUGGAGCACACGCUAGCUUUUCGGAUUUUACGUACUACCUCAACUUCCAUGGUAUACAAAUUGCUAGGUUGAAAAAUCUACCAUUCAACGUAGACAAGAAUGAUAGCGCGAUUUUUAACUAUGAUGUUAAAUCGUAUUCAAUACCAUUGGAUCCACAACUCUCGGCUAUAGUAGAUCGAUCGUUGAAGCAAAAUAGAAUUUCAUUUGAUUUAAUGGGAUAUACAAGAACAAGAUGGAGGGUUGGACCGAUUAAAUCGGUCAAAUUCUGGUUGCGUUUGAGUUGUGAGCUCAAAUUUCAGGGUGAUGGGAGUUAUACUGCGGAUUCUCAUUGUAACUCUAAAUCAAAAUAAAACAGGUGUAUUUUUUUUUUUUUUCUUAGUUUAUUCUUUGAAAAUUUGUAAACAAAAAAUACAAAAAUUUUAAAGUAGGUUGAUAUAAAUUAAUUAAUGGGUAUACUUUUGUGUAUACAUUUCUUUUCUUAAUUUGUUCCAUUUUAGAAUAUAUGUUACGUUGCUUAAUAGCUUAGCACUUUUUUUUUUCUUUUAAUAUUUGAAAAUGCUCCUCAAUUUUAUUUAUUUAUUACUUAUUUUUACAUUUCUAGGAGUUAUUAGGAGAGGAACAGUGAAAGAUUGAAAGUAGAUUGUCUUUGCCUUUAAAUUUUACAUUUUUCAUUUUUAAUAAAGUGAUAAAAAGUUCAAUAUGUAAGAAGAAAACCAAGCCAUAUUUACCGCUUGACAAUUUGAAUUCUAUUUAUGGAGUUUGUGUUCGCUAGUUAAACACUUCAUUUAGUUCCACAAUUAGCUUUCUUUGUUAAUAAGAAUAUUCAAUUGUAGCAAAGUAAUAGUGGUACACAUA